AUGGCGGCGACAGCUCCCGCUCAGGCUCCGGCUUCUCCCGCGGCCGUCCCGGCGCAGAACCCGCCGGCAGCGCCCGCCACACCAGCAGGAAAUGCUACUGCCGCGCCGCCACCGCCCGCCACUCUGGCACCGCCGCCGCCGGCCACGCCGCUGUCGGCCGCGCUCUCGGGGCCCUUCCCCGGCGGCCGCGUGGUACGACUGCACCCGGUCGUGCUCGCCUCCAUCGUGGACAGCUUCGAGCGGCGCAACGAGGGCGCGGCGCGCGUCAUCGGGACGCUGCUGGGGACCGUGGACAAGCACUCGGUGGAGGUCACCAACUGCUUCUCCGUCCCUCACAACGAGUCUGAAGAUGAGGUGGCAGUCGAUAUGGAAUUUGCCAAAAACAUGUACGAGUUGCACAAGAAGGUGUCUCCUAGUGAGAUCAUCUUGGGAUGGUAUGCAACAGGUCAUGACAUCACAGAACACUCUGUCCUGAUCCAUGAGUAUUACAGCCGGGAAGCACACAAUCCAAUCCAUCUUACUGUGGACACGAGCCUCCAGAAUUCACGCAUGAGCAUUAAAGCCUAUGUCAGUGCCCCAAUGGGAGUCCCUGGUAAAACUAUGGGCGUGAUGUUCACACCUCUAACAGUGAAAUAUGUUUAUUAUGAUACAGAGCGGAUAGGAGUGGAUCUUAUAAUGAAGACUUGUUUUAGUCCUAAUCGAGUGAUCGGCUUGUCCAGUGACUUACAGCAGGUGGGAGCAGCAUCAGCCAGGAUUCAGGAUACCCUCACCAUGGUGCUGCAGUAUGCAGAGGAUGUAUUGUCUGGCAAAGUGGCUGCUGACAACACUGUUGGGCGUUUUCUGAUGGAUCUUAUUAACCAGGUGCCAAAGAUCUCACCAGAGGACUUUGAGACGAUGUUGAACAGUAAUAUCAAUGAUCUACUGAUGGUAACCUACUUGGCAAACCUCACACAGUCACAGAUUGCUCUCAAUGAGAAACUUCUGAGUUUAUAAAGAAACUUCUGCCAUGCUACACUGCAAAGAACUUGAAGAAUGAGCAGAUGCAUUUUUCUAUGGUGUUACAAAUUUCCUUGGACUGUAAUGUCAUGAUAGGUUUACAUCUUUCCAUUACCCUGAAAAAUCCCUAAUGUGGUUUAGGAAAUAAAUGGGAAUGGUUGCAAUUUAGUUGAGGCCAAUAUUUUAAAAUGGAACACAAGAGUAUUUUGUCUCCUGGCUUUAUCUACUUGUGUAACAAAA